GCGCCCCCGGGCCGGGGAGAGACAGCUCCGCGCCCUCAGCCUCUGGUGAGUGCGGCCCUGCGCGCCCCUGGGGCUGCCCCGCCGCGGCACGGCCUGCUUUUUGUCUCCUCACACCCCCUACCCGGGGAGAGUGGGGGCUCUCCUUUUCCCCUUCGGUCACGGAGCAGCCGGAGACGGUGCGCGGUUCCUGCGGGGCUGCCUCAGCGCCGGCGGAGCCCUUGUCACGGCUUCCCGGGGCGCGGCGGGGGAUUGCUCGGCGCUUCCCGCGGCGCCGAGCUGCGCAAUGUGAAGACUUGAGUAGAAUUUCACGAUGGAGGCAAAAUCCAUAGUCAUCGGCGUGGAGGGGAUGACAUGCAAUUCCUGUGUUCAAACCAUUGAACAGCAUGUCGGGAAGAUGAAUGGUAUCCAUAACAUUAAUGUGUCUCUAGAGGAUAAGAAUGCAGUCGUCAUUUAUGACUCAAAACUGCAGACUCCAGCAACACUGCAGGAAGCAAUAUAUGACAUGGGAUUUGAUGCUACAUUAGCUGAUUCAAACCCACAACCUGUUUUACCUGACACUAUUUUUCUUACCAUUCCUACUCAGUCAGCUCUAACAUCUAAACAGAUUUGUAGUAUCCUACUAAAGACCAAAGGUAUCAUGGAUGUUAAAAUGUCCUCUGAUCAAAAAACUGCAGUGGUGACCUUCAUUUCUUCCAUCAUAAAUGGCAAGCAGAUUACCCAAAUGGUCCCAGGAGUAGAUUUAAAUAUCUCUGCACUGGAGGUAACGCCUGGAACCUGUGAAGAUUCCAGCUGGUCUCAAGCAAGUAGCAUUGUGCUGCGCCUGAAAGUAGAGGGGAUGACCUGUCAUUCCUGCACCAGCACCAUUGAGGGGAAGAUUGGCAAAUUGCAAGGAAUUCAGCGGAUUAAAGUGUCUCUGGACAGUCAGGAAGCUGUUGUUGUCUACCAGCCUCAUCUAAUUACAGCUGAAGAAAUAAAACAUCAAAUUGAAGCUGCGGGUUUCACAGCAUCUUUCAAAAAGCAGCCUAGACCCCUCAAACUCAGUGCUAUUGACCUGGAAAGGUUGAAGAAAACGCAGAGCGAAGGCUCUGAGACAGCACUGAAAGAAAACUCGAAUGUGAAUGAUACAAAGACAGUUGUCUUCAGAAUCGAUGGCAUGCACUGCAGUUCAUGUGUCCUGAAUAUUCAGAGUACCAUAUCAGCACUCCCAUCAGUAUCAAGUAUAGUUGUUUCAUUAGAAAAGAAAUCUGCUGUUAUAAACUAUAGCCCAAACUUAAUUAGCAUAGACAUACUGAGAAAAGCCAUAGAGGCAGUGUCUCCAGAGACAUUUAAAGUCAGCCUUCCUGAUGAAUAUGAAAACGUAGCACUUUUCCCCACCCUGGCAUCUCCACUGAAGUCUUCUCAUCCAGCUUUGAAGGAUGCUAGCCAGCCACUUACUCAAUCUGUUGUGAUAAAUAUUGAGGGAAUGACUUGCAACUCUUGUGUGCAGACCAUUGAGGGAGUUGUAUCACAAAAGACAGGUGUAAAAUCUGUUCACGUGUCUCUCUCCAAUCGUAAUGGGACUAUAGAGUAUGACCCUCUGCAGACGUGCCCAGAAGACUUGCGAUCCUCAAUUGAGGAUAUGGGAUUUGAUGCAUCUUUAUCAGCAAAGACAGAACUACCCGUGGCAAUAGCUCAGCCCUCAUCCGAAGUGCAGCUGGAAUCUCACAGAUCUGAGCCUCCCUCCAAAGUGUCACCAUCCCACCUUGCUAGACAAGAGACGAAGACUGUAUCAAAGUGCUAUGUCCAAGUCACAGGAAUGACAUGUGCUUCAUGUGUAGCCAACAUUGAGAGAAAUUUGAGAAGAGAAGACGGGAUACAUUCGAUACUUGUUGCCCUAAUGGCAGGAAAGGCAGAAGUGAGGUAUAAUCCUGCUGUCAUAAACCCUUCAGCUAUUGCAGAGCUCAUACGGGAACUGGGAUUUGGAGCUACCGUGAUGGAAAACUGUGGGGAAGGAGAUGGAAUUCUGGAACUUGUUGUGAGAGGAAUGACAUGCGCUUCUUGUGUACACAAAAUAGAAUCCACCCUCAUGAAGACUAAUGGUGUUUUAUACUGUUCAGUAGCUCUUGCAACCAACAAAGCACACAUUAAAUAUGAUCCUGAGAUUAUAGGUCCUCGGGAUGUUAUACAGGUGAUAAAGGAUUUAGGUUUCACUACUUCGUUAGUCAAAAAAGAUAGAUCUGCUAGUCAUCUAGAUCACAAGCAGGAAAUAAGGCAGUGGAAAAGGUCUUUUGUUGUGAGUCUCGUUUUCUGUGUUCCUGUCAUGGGGCUGAUGAUUUACAUGAUGGUUAUGGACAGUCAACUUUCAGACGCUCACACACACCACAACAUGAGCAGUGAGGAAAUGGAGGCCCUUCACUCCUCUAUGGUCCUGGAAUACCAGCUCCUACCAGGAUUGUCUGUUAUGAAUUUUCUGUCAUUUUUACUGUGUGUCCCUGUACAGAUGUUUGGAGGCUGGCAUUUCUAUAUACAGGCAUACAAAGCACUGAAGCACAAAACUGCAAAUAUGGACGUGCUCAUUGUUUUGGCAACCUCCAUUGCAUUCGUCUACUCAUUUGUUAUUCUUCUAGUUGCAAUGGCUGAGAAAGCAAAAGUAAACCCUGUAACUUUCUUUGACACACCUCCUAUGCUGUUUGUGUUCAUCUCCCUGGGCCGGUGGCUAGAGCAUGUUGCAAAGGGUAAAACAUCAGAAGCACUGGCGCGACUAAUUUCAUUACAAGCUACUGAAGCUACUAUUGUUACCUUGGGCCCUGAUAACGUUCUUUUAAGUGAAGAGCAAGUUGAUGUUGAACUGGUUCAACGAGGUGACAUUGUCAAAGUGAUCCCAGGAGGCAAAUUCCCAGUGGAUGGUCGUGUUAUUGAAGGACACUCUAUGGUAGAUGAAUCUCUUAUCACAGGUGAAGCGAUGCCCGUGACUAAAAAACCUGGCAAUACAGUUAUUGCAGGUUCUAUUAAUCAGAAUGGAUCACUACUGAUUUCAGCAACCCAUGUUGGAGCUGAUACAACUCUUUCCCAGAUUGUUAAACUUGUGGAGGAGGCCCAGACCUCAAAGGCUCCUAUCCAGCAAUUUGCAGACAAACUUAGUGGCUACUUCGUUCCUUCUAUUGUGGCUGUCUCUGUGGUUACUCUUUUUGCCUGGAUUAUAAUCGGCUUUGUGGAUUUUGAAAUAGUAGAAAAAUACUUUAUGGGUUACAAUAAGAGCAUUUCUGCAGCCGAAGUGAUAAUCCGCUUUGCUUUCCAAGCCUCUAUCACAGUGUUGUGUAUUGCGUGCCCCUGUUCUCUGGGAUUAGCCACCCCGACAGCUGUGAUGGUUGGUACUGGUGUGGGAGCGCAGAACGGCAUCCUGAUCAAAGGAGGGGAGCCACUAGAGAUGGCCCAUAAGGUGAAGGUGGUUGUAUUUGACAAAACAGGUACUAUUACUCAUGGGACUCCAGAAGUGAUGCAGGUGAAGUUUCUAGUGGAGAGCAGUCAACUGCCACGAAAUAAAAUGCUGGCGAUAGUGGGGACUGCAGAGAGUAAUAGCGAGCAUCCUCUUGGAGUAGCAAUAACAAAAUACUGCAAAAAGGAAUUGGACUCAGAAACCCUUGGGACGUGUACAGAUUUCCAGGUAGUUCCAGGCUGCGGCAUUAGUUGUAAAGUCACCAAUAUUGAAGCAUUACUCUACAGGAAAAACAAAAUGGUUGAAGAAAACAAUAUUAAAAAUGUGACACUUGUGAAAAUUGAGGAAAAUAUGGAUGAAUCGGUGCAGUCUCCUUUGAUUAUUGAUGCUGAACUACCAACUACUGUGACUUCUCAAAAAUACUCUGUUCUCAUUGGGAACCGGGAAUGGAUGAAUAGAAACGGCCUCCUUGUUAAAAAUGAAGUUGAUAAAGCCAUGACAGACCAUGAGCGGAGAGGUCGUACAGCAGUUUUAGCAGCUGUUGAUGGAGUGCUUUGUGGCUUGAUAGCUAUUGCUGAUACUGUGAAACCAGAAGCUGAGCUGGCAGUCUACACUUUGAAAAGUAUGGGAUUAGAAGUUGUCCUAAUGACUGGUGACAACAGCAAAACAGCAAGAUCUAUUGCCUCUCAGGUUGGCAUCACCAAGGUGUUCGCAGAGGUUCUUCCCUCCCACAAAGUAGCCAAAGUGAAACAGUUACAAGACGAAGGAAAACGGGUGGCCAUGGUUGGAGAUGGUAUCAAUGACUCCCCAGCUCUUGCUAUGGCCAAUGUGGGAAUUGCUAUUGGCACAGGCACUGAUGUAGCCAUUGAGGCAGCUGAUGUGGUUCUAAUUAGGGAUGAUUUGAUGGAUGUGGUAGCAAGUAUAGAUUUAUCAAGGAAAACUGUGAAAAGGAUCCGUAUCAACUUUGUCUUUGCUCUGAUUUAUAAUCUCAUUGGAGUUCCCAUAGCUGCUGGUGUCUUCCUGCCCAUUGGUUUGGUUUUGCAGCCCUGGAUGGGAUCUGCAGCAAUGGCUGCCUCCUCUGUUUCUGUUGUGCUUUCUUCUUUGCUGUUAAAGAUGUACCAGAAACCAAGUUCUGAGAAACUCGAGUUCCAGGCCCAUGGCCAAAUGAGGCACAAGAGCCCAUCAGAAAUCAGUGUCCACAUUGGGAUUGAUGAGACUGGGACAGGCUCUCCUAAACUGAGCUUAAUGGACCGAAUCAUCAAUUACAGUAGAGCCUCUAUAAAUUCUCUCUUUUCAGACAAGCGUUCAGUGAACAGCAUAGUUCUUAAUGAACCAGAUAAGCAUUCACUUUUGGUGGGAGAUUUUGGAGAAGAUGAUGACACAGCAUUAUGAAAGACUCACCCCUGCUAAGCAAAAAAACCAAAACCUGAAGCAAAAUGAAAAACCAACCAAAACAACUGUCUAGAAGUCUGUGCAUGUAUUGAUCAUUUCUGGAGGUCUUUUCAGAUGUAUUUCUUCUUUAAUGUAGACAGCUAGUUUUUUGCAGUGAUUUUCCAGAGGCUUUUUAAAAAAAAAAACAAAAAAACAAAAAACAAAACAAAAACUAGACUUACCAAAAAAAAGCUGAGCAGGGGCUGUUAAUGCUGGCAAACAGGGUCAUGUUACCAUUCCAUGAAGUUUGCAGUAUAGCAUUUUUUUUGGCAAAAUGUCAAAAUACAAUUAAGGAAACUAAGGAACUAGAAACUUAUUUCUCAGCCUUAUAACAGGCUACUUUAUGCAUAGUCAAGUUUAGUGCUGUGUUAAAAAACUAUAAAUUGUUGCAUCUGCAAAAUACUGAAGGUUCGUGUGUUUCCAGAUAGAUGUGCCUUACUUCAAAACUUCCAAGACCCUUCUUGUUUCCAUAGCCUGCCUUCUACCAGACAGGGUUUCUCUCAAAUGUCUUUUCUUUCUAUAAACAUCUGGUUCCAGUUUUUCACACUCCUAGCUUCAAAUCAUCUCAUCAUUUGUGAUCUGGAUUCCUGCGAGACUUAAACCCAAAGCCUCCCAGUUACCUGCUUUCUAACAUCAGACCCACACUUGACUCUAGACAUUCAUGCCCCGGUACACUCCCACUACUGAGAUUGUCUGCUUGAAGGUUGAAUGGGUUGAAAGGUUUGCUCAUUCCCAGCCUCUCCUAAGCCAAAAACUCCUGCCACAUCUGAAUGUGAUGUGGUAUGAGCUGAAAUGUUGAGCUUUUAAGAAGGCAGCAGUGUAGUUGGUGCUCACUACCCAUGUCUGGUAGCACUCCUUAAAGGAACCAGAAUAGUUUGGACUGGUGUCACGCAGACUGCCUUUAAAAUCUUUCCUGUUCAGUCUUUGCAGAUAUCUAACACCAUCAAAGAAUUUAUUAUGUAUCAGGUACUGCAGUAACAUCAGCUGCUUGUAAAGAUAAUUGAAGUGUCUGCAUACCAAGCAUGGUUCAGAACCCACUCCAUAGACUGAUCCAAACCUCAUUUGCUUGGGAUGCUCAGAUCCAGACUUUGUGAAUUAAGAGUCUUCAUUUGUUACUGAACUAUCAAAAUGCAGGUUUCGAUCAUUAAUUAAUAUUAAAAAUAUUCUCAAUGAGAAAUAAAGGUGUUGAUCACCUAGUAGGUAGCUACCUGUUUGUUACUUAGUAAACCUUGUUCUAAAUCUUCUGCUGAGACAGCUAUCUGAAGCAAUUACUAGAUUUGAUAAUGUUGAAUUCAUUAUGGAAUACAGUCCAUAGGUGUAAACGUAAUUCAAAUUUGUGCUUGUAGCAAAGGAAUAAUCAGUUCGGAGUAUGAUAGACAUCUCCGUAAUAUUCUAGUUUUUAACUCAAAGUCUGAUGUCAGUGCAUAGAUUGUGUAUGUAAAAAGUCAUAAGUAAAUAGAUUUUGCAUUUUAUCUGAGAACUUCUGGAAAAAUAUCAGUGUAUGGAAACGGAAGAGUUGUGCUAAUGAGUAUGUUAGUAAAUCAGUAUACUUGUUAUAUUGCAGUGAGGAGAACAACAUAAUUUGUUGCUGCUGCUAGUGUUAGAAACAAAGUAUUUCUGUUGCAGGAUUUAGGUUCUUAAUAUCUCUACAUGAAUAUAGAUUUUUUUUUUUUUUAAUUAGAUUAUAGCUAUAUGUAUAUAUAUUAUAGUGUUAAGAAAUGCUGAGGUGAGGUACGUUACUGCAAAGCCAUUCCAUAAGAUGUUGUUCUCAGUUUUCAGCAGCAAAGCUGUUUCUUACAAAGCAGAUAGUUACCUAAAGACUGAUCAUAUUAUGAUGGUUUUUUAGUGCUUCACAGCCAUGCAAAUGGUUUCCAAAGAUUUCAGUUUUCUUGUUUAUCUGCACUCGUUCUCAGUGUUGUUCUUGGCAGGUGAAAGAAGUCAUAGAAUCAUAGAACACCAGGUUGGAAGGGACCUCAAGGAUCACCUGGUCCAACCUUUCUGGCAAAAGCCCAGUCUAGACAAGAUGGCCCAGCAGCC